CAGACACGCAUGACGCAAAGGCAAAGUAACAUUCACUGAUUUCAGCCCCUAGUUUUAUGAACGCUAAGAAGAUUAUUGAUAUAUUAUUAUUAUCUUUAUAAUAUACAAACAAUAAAUAGCUCUCUAAGUGCAUCAUUAUUUUUGUGUCUCUAUAUGAGUUGAGGAAUUGUGCUGUGAUCAGCUGUGAAUAGUGCGAUUUUUGAAGAAUUUGUGACAGUGUUGUGUAGAAAAUCAAUGAGAUCCUGUUUUUAACAGCAGCUGUGAGCUGUACAAUAUGUGUUGUGUUGAUCGCGAUUAACGAUUUGACUGAAUUGUUCAACAGUUUGCAUAAACAAGGAUGGCAGAAGAAAUUAUGAAUGUGACGGCUCAGCCCAUGUCUGAGCCGGUUCAUAACAUAUCAAAGUCCAUAUUCCUACAAACAACAACAGCACAGGCAAUAUCCGGUAUAUUUGUGUGGGCUGCUCUCUUCAUCACAUGCCAACAGAUCUACCAGCACCUGCGCUGGUACACGAAUCCAUCGGAGCAACGUUGGAUAGUCCGGAUACUGUUCAUUGUGCCGAUAUACGGCUGCUACAGCUGGAUCUCACUGCUGUUCUUCAAUGGCGAUUCUUAUUACAUCUACUUCUUCACCGUCAGGGAUUGUUACGAAGCGUUCGUGAUCUACAGUUUCCUGUCCCUGUGCUAUGAGUAUCUGGGUGGCGAGGGCAACAUCAUGUCGGAGCUGCGAGGGCGGCCCGUGCGAGCCUCCUGCAUCAACGGCACCUGCUGCCUGUCUGGGGCCACCUACACCAUCGGCUUCCUGCGCUUCUGCAAGCAGGCGACCCUCCAGUUCUGCCUCGUCAAGCCCGUCUGCGCCUUCAUCAUCAUAUUCCUUCAGUCGGCAGGCCACUAUCACGACGGCGACUGGAGCCCCGACGGCGGCUACAUCUACAUCACCAUCGUGUACAACUUCUCCGUGAGUCUGGCUCUCUACGGCCUCUUCCUGUUCCUGGGAGCCACGCGGGAGAUGCUCAAGCCCUUCGACCCGGUUCUGAAGUUCUUCACCGUCAAGUCUGUCAUCUUCUUGUCGUUCUGGCAAGGCGUCGGCCUGGCCAUCCUCGAGAAGGCGGAGGUGAUAUCGCCGAUCGUGGACGAGAACGGCGUCCCGACGACAGCGGGUACGGUGUCGGCCGGCUACCAGAACUUCCUGAUCUGCAUCGAGAUGCUGGCGGCGGCCGUGGCGCUGCGCUACGCCUUCCCCGCGGCCGUGUACGCGCACGCCCGCCGCGACCCGCACCGCUCCGUCACCAUGCAGUCCAUCUCCAGCAGCCUCAAGGAGACAAUGAACCCGAAGGACAUAAUGACGGAUGCGUUCCACAACUUCCAUCCCCAGUAUCAGCAAUACACACAGUACAGCUCGGUGAUGCGUGGAGCCAAUGUUGGUAAGCAAGGCGUGGAGGAAGGUGCGGCCCUAGCACCCCGCCCCCCGCCACAACGCGUCGCAACCAUCAGCCAAGCAGCCAAUUAUCACGAGAAGACAACCCUACUCAGCUCUGACGACGAAUUCCAGUGAACGCGUACUCUAUACUGUUUUUUUUUUUUUAUUAAAUGGCUCUGUCGACUGGAUGGCGGCGAUUCAGCCAACGUAACGGUGGAGAGGAUUUUAUUUUUAUUUAGCUAAUUGAAGUACAGAAAGAACUAAUUAAAAAGAUAUGAUCAGUUGAUAUAGCUGUGAACUGAAGAAUAUGCAACAAAAGAAUUAGUACGGUAAGCAUUAUAAAUCCUGUAGUUAUAUAACGAUUUACGUAACUUGGAAAUGCCAUUAUAAUAAAAAAGAUGGCGGAGCUGAAAUCUGUUUGAAUUUGUGCAUGACAUUGAUUUUAAUAUUGAAUAAUUACAUCCUCUUGGUAUCCUCUUGGAUACACAUGAAACCUGGUUUCAAAAACGUAUAUAAAUUUCGCCAUUUUGUGAAACCAUAGGGCGUAAAGGUAGGAAGAGUAUAUUAUUCUUUGUUGAUAUAAUUAGUUUAUUUGCUGUUUUUCUGCCCAAUAUACAAGUAACAGCGGAUUAAUAGGUCUACCAUAAAACAAUGCUUUAUUGACGAUAGUUACAUAGAAAAUUUGAAUACGGUCGUGUUCUACCUUUAAAAUCAAAUCAAAAUCAAAUUAUUCAUGUAGGUCAAGGAAUUGACACUUAUGAAUGUGAAAAAUUUCAAAUGUCUUUUCUUUUUACAUAUACCGGAAAAAGUUGAGCAUUAAUGAGAAAAAGUGGCAAAAAAGUCAAUGGCACUCUUUUAAAUAAUAUUUACAGCCUCAUCGACCAUCGUUUUAAUUACAAUUUAUGUAAAAUAGGUACCUAAUGCAACAAAAAUACUCAAUGCCUUACACGAGUAUGUAACCACUGUUUUUGGUAAUUUAAUUUCAUAUAAAUGUUUCGUUACAUAAACCGGCUUAGAACGCUUUUUUCAUAGUUAUAGUAGACUUUUUUAGUCAUAACAGAUUAAAUAUUUAAAUUGCUAGUUAUAUUUGAACACACAAGUCCAUGUGUGUAAAUAAUAUGAAACAUCUCGAAGAAUAUUCAAAUAUCUAUUUACAAUAUUAAUGAGUUAUUUAGACACAGUGAAAAAUGGCUCACGGGCAAUAACGUUCUAUACAUUACACAUGAACAUGCCACAAAUUACACCAUACUAAGCUCCGACUGAUAUAUCUAUACAUUGCCGCAUUUACUUCAGUGGUUGUUUAAAAUAUUCUUUGCAUUUAUGUUAAACAUUUAUUCAGUUCAGAAUUCAAUGGGACAGUGACAGUUGACACUUGACACACGACUAAAUAAGAAAAGUGUGCUCACAUUAUCUUUAAGCACACUUUUGUCGUUCCAUUGUCAGUUAUGCGAAUGGUAUGUCCUUAUAUGUGUAGAACGUCAUUGGUCAUGGCUAUAAUUGGCCUCAAAUUAGAUGUACUUUGAAAGAAUGAUUUUAUUAUGGCUCCAAUUUUUUUUUUUUCACUUUGACAACAAAAAUUGUCAAAACAAUAAUUUUCUAUUUGAUCACAGCCACCCCAAAGACGAAACGAUAUAAUAAUAUAUACUGUGAGUAUGAUGUUAUAAACAAAUAAAACUCUCGCAUUGUUUUAUAUUAAGAAAGAAAGAUUAUAACAUAUUAUAUGGUUAGAUAAUUAAUACGUCUAGAUAGAACCUCUUGCUGCUAGACAACCGAUGAAAACAGGCCAGGUUUAUUAUUUUAGUGUGCGUGACAAGCUACGUCUACACUCGCGAUUUGUCAUUUUGUGUUAGGGUGCGUGCAUUGCUUAAAAUAGUGGUUGACUGUCAUUAUCAAUUUUUUUCGACGUUUUCACAGCUGUCACAGUCUAUCUAGACGUAUAAAUGAUUUGAGGUUAUAUAGUUACUUACAUUGAUUGAUUAUAUUCAAUUCUCAGUAGAAGCUCAACACAAUGACAUAAAGGUAGUCUUUGACAUUUUAUUGUGAAACCAAUUUAAAUAGUGCUUGUAUAGGAUAAAAUUACACUGCCAGUGAGCAAUUAUUUAAAAUGGCUGCAAUUAACAUGGACUUACAAUACACUACCCCAUAGACAAAUAAUGCGUGCGUACAACAAGAUGGAAAUGUAAAGUUGUAUUGUUAUUGUAACCGAUUUUUAUUGACAAUAAUUCGCUAACAGCACUGACCUCUACUAUAUACCACUGAAUUGGCAGCUGUCAAAGUGCUUUUGUGCCUGUUUGAUGUUCGCUAUUUUGGCGCUGUUGGCCAUGUAGCGAGAGUCUGCGGUACUAAAACUACUGAUGACAACCUCAGCAAACAUCGAUAAAUGGUGGGAAACUAUUUACAAAAAAAUCUUGUGUACUUUAUAACGUUGAUUCUUGAAGUAUAACACGGAAAACGAACGAAAUUAAUUCAAAAUGCAAAAAUACUUCAGAAUAUUGUACGUCCCUUCGAAGCCAUUUGUAUUAUACCUACGUCAAAAUUAGUUCUCUGGGUGCUCGCGGGUAUGGCGCUUCAAAUAAUAUUGCUGUCAAACAUAUGGAACAGUCUAGUGCUAUUUAUAGAGGUCAGUGAUUAUACCACUAGCUAACGCACUAGAGGACUAAUCAACAUUGGCACGCAUUAUCGUGCUCUCAGGUUGUCUAUACGCUAAUAUAUUCUAAGUCUAUGGUAAUUAGCAUUAGUUUGCCGGUUGUUACUAAAACACUGCCACAAUUUAUCACAAUAGAAAAUCAUUUCGCAGCUAUCACAAACAAUAUUAUAUACUUAGACAUAAUAUUUAUUCUUGUCAAUGCUUAGGUACAUUAUUAUUGAUAACAAACACAUUAUUUUAAUAUUUUCGUAUAAAAUCUUUUGCGCUGUUGCGAAGCAGUUAGAAAUUCGGACAAUGACCCAUUGGUCUCUUUAAACCUCGCACAAAGGGGUUGGUUUUUAUACUGACCUGUCGCGGUAGCCAUGUUAUGAUUUGUACUAUUUUUUUUUCGCGAAGAUAAGACAAACGAGCGUAUAGGUCAGGUCACCUGAUGUUACGUGACCACCGCCGCCCACAUUCUCCUGCAACACCAGAGGAAUCACAGGAGCGUUGCCUGCCUUUUAGAAAGAUAUAAUAUGCCCUUUUUUGAAGGUACCCAUGUCGUAUAUUUAUUGAAGUUAUACUUUUAUCUUUUGGCGCGAUGGAGAAUAAUGAUGAGAGUAAAUUUUUACGAUGCGCGCGCACACCGACACCUGAAUUCUACAUCGUGAAGUUAGUUCUAGGUGACAUGAAAAUCGAUAACUAUGUUCAAGUUGUAUAUUCUAGUAUUUUUAUAUUUAGAACACGUGUUUCGUAACAGUACAAUUAAACAGUAUGAAUAAAUAAAUAUUAUUUUGGUGUUUUUAUUAAAUCAAUUUCAUAUACAAUGUCGGUAUGUAUAAUUUAUUUACAUCGUUAAUUAAAAAUUAUUACAUUAUUAUCUAAAAAAUAUUUUUAUUUUGGUUUUGUUUUAUUUCAGGUAUAUUAACAAAUUUUAUGUAUAAAUAAAAAAAUAAUAAUAAUUAAUUUUAUAUACUUGUUUAUAUUAACCUUAAAUGCUGAGUGUAUAUACUAUCUUUGAUCUUAACUAUUUGUUAAAAUUUGAUUUAUUUUUCCAUACACCCAAGAAGUAUAAUUUCUAACGCGUGUACAUAAGUACACACACUCUUCUUACUUAUUUCCUAUGUUCCUUAUAUUGCUAUUUAUAGUAAAUUGAAUCGAUUGAGGAUCGAGGCGAACUUACAACAAGUACACAAAAUUCCCGUACCAUUCCACUUGGUACGACAGGAACGGUCUACUCAGCUACGGCGCUAUUGUGGACUGCGAUUACGCUACGACAUUAAUUAUGGUAGCUGCGUAGCCACAGAGUUCAUUGUACGAAAUUCUUUCUGUCCCGCGACAAAUCGUCAUAAGACUAACUUUUGUUAACAAUUUAUAUAAUAAAUGAUUUAGUAACUUCUAAAAUAUGAAUAUGUUAAUCAAUAUAUUAUUAAUCGAUUAUAUUGUUAAAUGUAUAAAGCCUUAGAUAUUUUUAUUUAUAAAAUGGAUAUAAAAUGACGACCUUGGCGCGACGUAUUUAUAGAUGUAAGCAGGCAUAAGUAAAAUUAGUUGUACAAAUUAUCUUAUAAUGAAUAUAUUCUACGUUAUAUUUUAAUAUCUCUGCGUAUAUUAUAAAUCAUCGUGGAAUAAUUUGUUUUGGUUUUAAAUAAAUAGAUAUACAUUGAAGUUUUUGUAUAUCCUCCAGCAAGGGCCAGUGAGUUGAAUUACUUAAUUAAUCGGUCUGGAGUUUAUAUAAGAAUCAUUUAUGUUUAAGAACAAAUUUGUAAACAGUUAGCGCCUUACAAAAUAUAAUUUGAUUGAUAAAAUAUAUGUAAUAAAAUAUUUAUGGAUAUAUUUAGUAUAAGGUGGAUUCUGGAUUCUUUUCUCCAUCACUACUGUACGGCUAUAGUAUCUCUGGACCUCGCUGGAACGUAAAACCCCCUCCCGUUUCCCUUUCACACCAUCGCGCUCGUCCUGUUGCGUUAGUACGGUUUGCAGUUUCAUUACCCUUAGGUACGUCUUGUCGGGAUAUUUUCGUGCUAUCACUGUUUUGUUUUUGAUGUUUUUAUUGUUGUUUUGACUUUUGAUGUUAAUAGUUCUGUAGUUUCUGUUGUUCUGUGUCGCUAUAAUAGUUCUGUCAGAAAUAUAAAUACUGUACUUAAGCUAGAUGCUUUCAUUGAUUUUUCAUCAUUAUAAUAAAUACCAUCACAACACAACACCUUUCCAUCAAUCAGACAUACAGAAAAAAUAAUCGUAGUUUAUUUAUUACUAAGUAAAAAUAUUAGGUGAUUAUUUAGUAAUGCUUGUUUUGCACACCGUACCAAAACAACGAUGUGACGUCACAGGUCCAGAGGUAAUGUAACCGGAUAAUAAUGGCUUUACUUCGGCAGUUAUUACAGGUUAACAACAUAUGGAUGCUAUUUAAUAUUAUAAAGUGUUAACAAGGAAACAUAACACAUCAUAAUUAACAAACAAAGCUCGUUAAACAAUAGAUAGUUAUCAUCUUUAUUAUUAAUAUACCGAGAGAACUUUACUCCUAAAUAUCGUGAAAAUAUUGAAGGCUAAAUUUUCUGCACAAAUUCUAUAAAUCAAUUGGACGUAGUUGCUGAAAAAUGUUCCAAGCCACAAACAUCACAUCUUAAGGAAUUAGUGUUUAAAAUUUAAUAAAUAUUAGUGUAUUCCAUAAAAGUGGGUUGGGCUACUAAGUCAUGAUGUCAUUUAAAGAGUGACAGUAGAGCUGCCAUUUUUUGUCAGUUCGUUAAUAUGAAUUACGUGACCAGUUUUGUGUUCUUAAUUCAAUUUCGACAUGAUUGUGGUUUGGAAUGUUUUACUGGAAUUACAUCCAAUUAAUUUCAACUAGCAUUGAAGUAGGUACUGCAUUGCUUCGCCGUCCAAAAUUUGACGAUAUAUUUUUCUUAUACAUUUAUGUCGCCUAUCAAAUAGUAUAUAAUCGCCUCCAUCACACUUUAAAUUUAUAUAAGGAAAGUGAAAUGCGAAGAAAUAAUAAUUAAAGUAUUUGUGGUCGGGAAAAAUUCAUUUAUUGUCACGUAAGAACGCUGUGCUGAGAAUUGAUGGAAAUAUUAUAAGGGUUUCAUAACUCUUUACAAAGCAGCUUAUAUUUUUUUUUCUACUGCCCCGCGGCGCCGCGUUUGCGUUGAUAAAGCGACAAAUUUUAUAUAUAUAUAUAUAUAUAUAUAUAUAUAUUACUCACCAGUGGGAGGCUACCACAACGGCGCGGUAGCUAGUGAAAUUACUGGGAAAAUGAUACUUAACAUCUUAUGUCGAGCGCAAUUGUAGUACUGCUCAGAAAUUUUGAGUUUUUCAAGAAUCCUGAGCGGCAUUACAUUGAUAUGGGCAGGGCGUAUAAUAACCAUCAGUUGAACGUCCUGUUCGUCUCGUUCCUUAAUGUCAUAAUUUCGUAAUUAGUAAUUUGAUAAAACUAAAUAUCAGAGGCACGCCAGCAGAACAGAUUAAAAAAAAAAUGUUCUUUAAAUAUGUUCCAUGAAGGAAAUAUCAUAGUACAUUUGUACGGAGAAAUUGCAGCUAGAUAUUCUCUUUAAGUUCAUAAUUAUAAAAAUUGUAUUAUAUUCUUAAAUAUAUGUAAAAAGUAAUAGAUAAUAUAUAAAAUCUUAUUAUAUCCGUCAUUGAAUAUAUAAAUUGUAGAUAGAAAUAACAGCUCCCUUUAAUUUAUUUUGAAGUAAUUGUAUUAUAAUAUAGUCAAUUGACUCCGCUGAAUUUCUUGAUGUCUUUUAAAAUGUAAUUAAUGAACUUAGAUAUUAAGAUGCUUAGUUUGAUCCAGAUGAAAAUUAUUUUUGUAACAAAGUUUCCGGUUCAAUCAAUUUAAAUAUCAAAGAUAUAGAAUAAUAAUAGAUAUUACUAUAAUCUGUGUUGUAGCGAGUUUGUAAGAAUAAAAUAUUAUAUUGAAAUGUGGAUUAUGA